UUAUCGCAACAAAUGUUUGGGAACAACAUUGUAGUCGUUGCUGAAAAUUUUAUUAGCAAGGAUAAUGUCGUUGCAGUUGGUAAAUUUUCAUUUCCCUCCACACCAUGCCAACGCGCGAGAUUGAAUUAAUUCACGGUCUAUUUUUUACAACAACUUUUUUGGUUGCAAUAUAUUGUAUAAAAUACAGCAACGACUUGCUUUGUUGUUAAAUAUUCAAUUAAUAUACCACAACGACAUCUUUGUAGCAAAAAAUAAAAAAAUAAAAAGGUAAAAAUUUAAAAGAUUGUACUAGUGGACUAGAAGCUUCUUUUUAAAGAAUGUCUUACUUUACUAAUCCCAAUUGUAAAACCCUACCCUCAUUCACGCGCCAUUAUUUCGCUUUCAUCCCGCCACCGUUCUCGUUCUCCGGCAAAGUAAUCUAGCCACUAAUUCUCACCUCAUCGCUGCAACUCUAUCUUUCUAUUGCAUUAUUAAGUAAAAAAAAUAAAAAUUGAAGUCACAUAAACUAGUAGAAAGAUGUGGGUGUCGAUAAUAUUGAGGGUGUCGAACAUUACUGGUGAAUGUUCCUUCUAGCCCUUGCGUUUUCGGAACCAGUGAUAUUUGAUCUCAAGUAGUAGCAGUUAACGAGGCUUAGUGUUUUGAUCACGUACUUCACUAGUCAAAGAGAUUGAAGUAGCAUAAUAGAAAUUGAUUACCUCUCUAAUUGUAAAAGUGUUGAUUAGCGUUGUUAACUACUUGGUGGGAAUUGAAUUUGGCUUUGAGAAAAAAGGAGUUCAGUUAUAUUUGCAGAAGACUUUGGUUUUGUGAAGGUAAAUAUGUUACACUUUGCUUAUGUCUUAGCGUAAAUGUGGAAUGUUUGAUAUGAAUUAGACAAGAAUAAUGAAUAAUACCUUACGUAGAUUUUAAAAAUAUUAAUGAAUCAUGCUGGACUUAGGCUAAUAAUUCUAAUGUUGGGUGUCUCUUAAAAUAGUCUUAAUCUUAUACAUUCAUAUUAAUAAAUGUACAUUCACUUUUUUGUGAAUAAGCAAAUUGGCCAUGUUUUUUCUUUUACUUUGCAGAUAUGACAUUGUUUUAGAUAUGAUAUGAUAUACAUGCUUCUAAACCUCCUUACAAUGUGAACUUAGGGAAUGGCUUUUGAUAAGGAAUGGAUGAAAAUUAGUGAUCAUUCAUUGCCCGAAUACAGGCAGGGUGUUGAUGGCUUUCUGAACUUUGCAUUUUCAAAAGUCACAGAAGUUCAUGAUACUACCACAACUAGAUGUCCUUGUGAUAAAUGUCGUAAUCUAAUUUGUAAAAAAAGGAGUGAUGUGAGGUUUGAUUUAUUAAAGUGGGGAAUGUAUGCAAAUUAUACUACCUGGGAACUACAUGGGGAAAUUGUAAACCAUUAUAAUGGUGGUCACAUAAGUGAAAUUAGUGACAUAGAGGGGAUUGGACAUAAUGACAGUGAGGUUAACAUGUUGGAGGAUGCUUUUGGAGUGCCAAGCAUGCAUUUAGGGCGAGAUGAGGUGGAUUCCAAUAACAAUAAUGAGGAACCUAAAGGGGAGGCAGCAAAGUUUUAUCGUUUGUUGAAUGAAUAUCAGGAGCCCCUAACAGUUGGUGGCACUACAAUGUCAAAGUUGUCUUAUAUUGUUAAAUUGUUGCACUUGAAAGUCUUAAAUAAUUGGAGUGAUAGUUCGUUUGAUAGUCUAUUGAAAUUGCUAUGCCAAGCCUGGGGAACUAGCCUUCCAGAUUCUUAUUAUGAGGCAAAAAAACUGAUUACUGAUUUAGGGCUUGAGUGUGUUAAAAUUGAUGCAUGUAAAAAUGAUUGUGUUUUGUAUUGGAAACAAAAUGCAAAGUUAGACAAAUGUCCAACUUGUGAUUUACCUAGGUAUAAAAAUAUUGAUAUUGGGCCUUCAAAAGGAGCCAAAGUGCCACACAAGGUUUUACGGUACUUUCCAUUGAGAUCUAGGCUACAAAGGUUAGAAAAACAGCCAAGGAUAUGUUGUGGCAUAUGGAAGAAAGGGUGGAUAAGAAAGGGGAAAUGAGUCAUCCUGCCGAUUCUCCUGCGUGGAAAUCAAUUGACGAAGAAUAUCCUUCAUUUGCUAGUGAUGCACGUAAUGUAAGACUUGGACUAGCUUGUGAUGGUUUCCAGCCUUUUGAUAAUUCACAGCAUAGUAUUUGGCCAGUAGUUUUGAUUCCCUAUAAUCUACCUCCUUGGAUAUGCAUGAAACCACAUUCGUUUUUGUUAUCUUUACUCAUACCUGGUCCCUCAAGUCCUGGUAGAAAUAUUGAUGUAUAUCUUCAACCUUUGAUUGAGGAAUUGAAGGAUCUUUGGGAGAAUGGGGUAGAAACAUAUGAUGCUUACUCUAAGCAGAAUUUUAAUGUGCGUGCGAUGCUUUUAUGGACUAUUAGUGACUUCCCAGCACUUGCUGAUUUGUCGGGUUGGUCAACUAAAGGUCGAUAUGCUUGUCCUUCUUGUCACAAGCACACUAACCGCACUUCAUUAACAAGUAAAGGUGGUUACUUACGACAUCGUCGUUGGAUACCUAGUAACCACAAAUGGAGAAAGGAUAGAAAGUCAUUUGACAAUACAAGAGAGAAAGAAUGUGCACCAAUUCCUUUAACUGGGGAUAAAAUUUUGACUUAUUAUAAUCAAUUUCAGCAAGAAAAGUUUGGAAAGGUUUCUGGAAAAAAAAGAAAGCGAGAUCCCUCGAAGAGCUUGUAUGGCUGGAACAAGAAAAGCAUAUUUUUUCAACUGCCUUACUGGAGAAAGCUGCUAAUUCGACAUAAUUUAGAUGUUAUGCAUAUCGAAAAAAAUGUGUCUGAUAAUAUAUUAGGUACAUUGUUGAAUAUUAAAGGAAAAACAAAAGACACAAUAAAGGCUCGUAUUGAUUUGAUGAAAAUGGGAAUUCGAAAUGACCUCCACCCUAUAUUAGAGGGAGACAAAGUACGUGUUCCUGUAGCAUCAUACACUUUAAACUCAAAUGCCAAGGCUGCAAUUUGUGACAUGUUUGCAAGUAUCAAGUCUCCUGAUGGAUACAUGUCUAAUCUUUCUAGGUGUGUAAGGGAAAGAAAAAAUAAAAUUUCUGGUUUGAAAAGUCAUGAUCAUUAUGUAUUUAUUCAGCAGCUUCUCCCUCUGGUAACUCGUGGUUUUUUGUCAAAGAAUGUAUAUGAGCCUUUAGUCGUUUUCGAAAUGUUUGCUCCAAAAAAUUAACUACAGUGCAAUUGAAUGAACUUGAAGCUCAAAUCCCUUACACAUUAUGCAAGCUCGAGAUGAUUUUUCCUCCUGCUUUUUUUGAUGUGAUGGUACAUUUAGUGGUGCAUUUGGCUUCUGAAGCUAAAAUUGGAGGUCCUGUACGGUGUAGAUGGAUGUACCCAGUUGAAAGGUACCUUCGAACCUUGAAAAAGUACAUUCGAAAUAGAGCUCAACCAGAAGGUUGUAUAGCAGAAGGAUACCUCGCUGACGAGUGCUUAACAUUUUGCUCGAGAUAUAUGAGUGAUAUUGACUCAAAGUUCAAUCGUAAAGGAAGAAAUGAUGAUGUUGUUGAAUAUCAAGAGGAUGAUUUGAACUUCAAUCUGGAUAUAUUCAAACCUCUUGGACAUCCUUUUGGACAAGGAGUGCCAUUACAUCUUGACUUCGAAGAAUGUAAUCAAAUUCAUUUGUACAAUCUUCUAAAUUGUGAUGACCUCCUGGAUUUUGUUAAAGAACACAAGUUAGAGUUAGAGAAGGAAAAUGCUAGAAAUGUGGAACGGAGACACAAAAGGCAAUUUGCUGGUUGGAUAUAUGACCGCGUGCGUAAACUCUAUUAGGAUGGGAAAAUUGAUGAGAAAAUAUAUAAUUUAGUUUGUUCUCCUUCAAGAGUUGUAAGGCGUUACGCUGGAUAUGUUGUAAAUGGUUUUCGAUUUCACACCAUUGAUCGAUGCGAGAAUAGAAAAACUCAUAAUUGUGGGGUAAUGCACUUGGGCAGAGGAUAUAAGGUGGAUGACCAUGGUUUCGUUAGUGUAAAUAAGAGGGGUUCUUUGAAAACAGAUGAAGUGUAUGUCUUGGAAUCACAAGUGGAGCAAGUAUUUUAUAUUCAAGAUCCGAAAACUGAUGAUUGGCAAUUUGUUAUAAAAACUCAACCAAGAGAUCUUUACGAUAUGCCAAGUAAAGAUAUUGUUGACCAAGCUGAGAUUAAUGACCAGGUUGUAGAUGUAGAGGCAUAUCAACAAGUGGAAGUCGAUGAGGCUGUGUUUCAUAGUUUAAGCCAAGCAAAUGAUGAUUUUUUAGUAGAUUCAUUAGCUACUAGCACGAUUUGGGUCGGAUGAUUUCAAGAAAGUAAGUGAAAGAAAUUCCAGAAAUCGCUUGUCUAAGAAUAGAACAACACAGACUACUGGAAACUUAUCAUUUGCUGAAGUCGAAGAUAUUCUGACUCAAGAAAACAAUGGAGUUAAGCCACCUGCUGAUGUUAUUUGGCUUAUCGAGCAUACAAAAGAAAAUGACGAGGGCGUUUUGGAGUGGGCUGAUGAAUCUCGUUCGAAGGAGAUACAUGAACAAUUAAAAGUUGUUGUUGCUGCACAUGGUGAAUCAAAGACUCAAGAAGAGAUUCUUCUAGAUGUUUUGAAACCAAGAUCAGGGUACUUUCGUGGAAAGGGAACUGCCUUGCCUGGCUUCAGCAAAGGAAGACAUCAAUUAGAGCAUCAAAGCUUAAUACGUGAGCAACAAAAGAAAAUUCAGGAGCAACAAGAAUUAAUUAAGGAGUUGCAAGAGAAUCAGGAAAGAACUACCAAACAAUUAGAAGAGACUCAGGAAGCAACAGCAAGACAAUUACAACAACAAAAAGAGGAGACACAACGUGCAAUGAAUGCAAUGAAGGAAGAAUUACUCAGAGCACUUGGUAAUAGAGUUGCAAGUUAAACAUCAAAUAUUUCCAGGUUAUGUUGGAGAAGUAUUAGUAAAUGCAUGGAGAAAGUGUGCAGAUGAUAUGUAGUAUAGGUUUUAUUUUGCACAAUGACUACUUGUUGGACAUGACUUAGUGGAAAGAUGGUUUACUCUAUUAUGGUUGUACAUUGGUGGGAUGACUAGAAAAUUAGCCUUUUGGAACAAAGAUGGAUGUAAUCUUUUGGGAGAAGUCAUGUUUAAUGUUGACUUAGACUAUUAAAUGUAUAUAUUUAUCUAAUCUUUUGGAUAUAAUCACUUGUGUUAUGUUAAAUAUUACACAUGUUAAAUAGAUAUUAACUUAUUAGCAAUUUACCUA